CAUGCCUGUGCCGAGGACUGAGAAAGAGAUCAGGGGUUUUCUAGGCAGGUUACAGUAUAUUAGUCGUUUCAUAGCCAGAUUGACAGACGUAUGUGAGCCCAUCUUUCGUCUUUUGAGGAAGAAUCAGCCAACGGUUUGGAAUGACGACUGCCAGAUUGCAUUUGAGAAGAUCAAGGAGUAUUUGCUUUCUCCUCCUAUUUUAGUGCCUCCUAUGCCAGGACGUCCAUUUCUUCUGUAUUUGUCAGUUUCAGACAUGGCCUUGGGAUGCAUGCUAGCUCAGCUUGAUGACUCCGGGAAAGAGCGAGCGAUUUACUAUUUGAGUAAGAGGAUGCUGGAGUAUGAGAUGAGAUAUGUUAUGAUUGAGCGCAUGUGUUUAACGUUAGUUUGGGCUACUAGGAGAUUGAGGCACUACAUGACUGAGUAUUCGGUGUGCUUGAUUUCUCGGUUAGAUCCUUUGAGGUAUCUGUUUGAUAGACCUGCAUUGACUGGUAGAUUGAUGAGAUGGCUCGUACUCCUGACAGAGUUUGAUAUUCAGUACGUUUCUCAGAAGUCUAUUAAGGGAAGUAUUGUUGCCGAUCAUUUGGCUUCAUUGCCGAUAUCUGAGGGUAGACCAGUUGAUGAUGAUUUUCCAGAUGAGGAGUUCAUUGCCAUGACUAGCUUAUCAGGUUGGCGCAUGUACUUCGAUGGUGCAGCCAAUCAGUCAGGGUAUGGGAUAGGUGUUCUAUUGGUAUCCCCUCAGGGUGAUCAUAUUCCAAGGUCCGUUCGUUUGGCAUUCUCUGAUCGACAUCCUGCCACGAAUAACAUAGUUGAGUAUGAGGCUUGUAUCCUUGGUUUAGAGACUGCACUGGAGCUUGACAUUAGACAGAUGGAGGUAUUUGGUGACUCCAAUCUAGUACUCAGGCAGAUUCAGGGAGAUUGGAAGACCAGGGAUGUGAAGCUUAGGCCAUAUCAUGCUUAUUUAGAGUUGUUGGUUAUGAGAUUUGAUGACUUGAGAUAUGUUCAUCUGCCUAGAGCGCAAAACCGAUUUGCUGACACCUUAGCUACCUUAGCUUCCUCCGUAGACAUUCCGAUUGAUGUAGUCAUACGUCCAUUGCUGAUUGAGUUGAGGUCUGCACCCGCCUAUUGUUGUUUGAUUGGAGAGACAGAGGUCCAGGAUGACCUACCUUGGUAUCAUGACAUUUAUCAGUUCCUUAGAUCUGGCACAUACCCUGAGGUAGCCACUACCAAGGAUCGGAGAGCACUGAGGAAUUUGGCCACUAGAUUUGUGAUUUGUGGAGAUACCUUAUACAGGCGAUCAGCUGAUGGUAUGCUUCUAUUAUGUUUAGAUCGAGCCUCUACAGAUCGAGUGAUGAGAGAGGUUCAUGCAGGAGUUUGUGGUCCGCAUAUGGGAGGACACAUGCUAGCUCGUAAGAUUAUGAGGACGGGUUACUUCUGGUUGACUAUGGAGACAGAUUGUUGUCAGUUUGUUCAGAAAUGCCCAGAGUGUCAGAUUCAUGGUGAUCUCAUUCAUGCACCGCCGUCAGAGUUACACGCUUUAACCUCGCCAUGGCCAUUUUCAGUAUAGGGCAUUGAUAUUAUUAGGAAGGUUUCACCAAAAUCGUCCAGUGGUCAUGAGUUCAUCCUAGUUGCCAUAGAUUAUUUCACCAAGUGGGCGGAAGCCGCAUCAUAUGCGAGGUUGACAUCUGCUAGGGUUGCCAGUUUUAUCAGAUCACACAUCAUUUGCCGCUAUGGGGUUCCUCAUGAGUUGAUUUCCGACAGAGGGGUGCAUUUCCGAGCUGAUGUAGAUACUUUGUUGCGGAAGUAUGCUAUCCGACAUCAUAGAUCUUCAGCAUAUAGGCCACAGACCAAUGGGGCAGUAGAGGCUGCAAACAAGAAUAUUAAGAGGAUUUUGAGGAAAAUGGUUGAGACUUCU